AUCGCCCGGAGGCAUUUGACUUACCUGAGGGCUGUAGGAACGCACGUCUGCUCAAGACAUCAUCUAAGCUUUACGAGCGGGCUGUUACAUAAGCAAGAAAAGCAGAAAUCAACCAGUUCAAUGUAGCCAUCCUGAUAGCGCGAUCAUCAAAGAGGGAUUAUAGGAGCUCUGUGAACAGCAGAUCUGAGGGGUUUAGAAGCCAUCAGGGACAAUGAGGAACUCUGGGGCCGUGCUGAUUUUGACCUUUAUUACCAAUUUAAUAUCACAAGCAGCAGGUGUCAGUUCCCCAGGCAAACCCAGACUCACAAGCUGUCGCUCUCCAGAGAAGGAGACCUUCACCUGCUGGUGGGAGCCUGGAGAUGACGGGGGUCUGCCAACCACCUACGCCCUCUACUACCGUCUAGAAAACUCCGAGACGGUCUACGAGUGCCCCGAUUACAGAACCGCGGGCGAGAACUCGUGUUUCUUCAACAAAAAUGACACAUCGCUUUGGGUCAACUAUAACAUCACCGUGGUGGCCACUAACGCCCUGGGGAAGAAUAUUUCAGAGCCCGUGGAAGUGGACGUGGUCUAUAUAGUUCAACCAAACACUCCAGAGAACGUCACAGCCGUAGUGGUCCAUGAAGACCAGGGUCCUUUUGUAAGAGUGACCUGGGAGAAACCACGAACCGCAGACACCCGCUCAGGGUGGAUCACGCUCCUUUACCAGCUACGAGUUAAACAAGAAAAAGAUAAAGAAUGGGAGAAGUAUGAUGCCGGCAUGCAGAAGUACUAUAAUGUGUUCAGUCUUCACCCUGGUAAAGAAUACAUGGUGCAGGUGCGAUGUAAACCUGAUCAUGGCUUCUGGAGUGAGUGGACCCAAACCAGCUAUGUCAAAAUGCCUGACUAUAUACCCAGAGAGCGUUCGCUGUGGAUCAUAAUCAUGGUUUUCUCUGUCUUCUUCGUCCUCAUCCUCACCUGGGCGCUAAACAUAAAUAGAAACAGUGUGAAGCUUUGUUUGCUGCCUCCUGUUCCUGGACCGAAAAUUAAAGGAUUCGACAAACAGCUGCUCAAGAGCGGGAAAUCCGAGGAAGUUUUCAAUUCUCUGGUGAUCCAAGGUUUCCCUCCAACCACCGAUUAUGAUGACUUACUGGUGGAGUACCUCGAGGUGUAUGACAAUGAGGAGCAAGAGCUGGUACUGGAUGGUAAAGAUCUAUUAGAGGAAUGCAUGAAGUCCAAAAGCCCAUCGGACUGCGACUCCGGCCGGGGCAGUUGCGACAGUCGCACCCUGCUCUUGGAGAAGUGCACGGAUGGACGGGAAAGAGGCGGAAGCGAUCAACAUCAAUAUAGCCAGCAUGGAGAAACGAGCUGGGCUUCAACUGAAAGCAGUGAAAGCCAGGGCCCUGAACCCAGUUCUCCAGAGUCCCCUGAUGGACGUGUCAAGACCUGGCCAAUUGUGUUUUCGUCCCCCCAAUCUCAACUUCACCAACACUACCAAGUAGGAGCUGCGAAACCGGCCUACCACAGCGUCCCAGAGAUCCUUAGCCAUCUGUCCCCACACGCAACAGCAGGCAACUACCAUCAGCUUCACCAUCAGGACAUCCCGCUACAGGAGGGACGCUUCAGCAAGCCGGCCUGCCCACAUUCCCAAAGCUACAACCAGUUCAAUCGGGACGGCUCCGACUCUCCUGCUCACUGCGUCCCUCCGUCACAUUCCUUGGAAUACUUAGAGGUGCAGAGGGUCAACCCGGACAAUAUGCUACUGCUUAGGCCACUUUCAGACCCUAACCGUGAGGCUGAAGGGUCCGAUCGCAUCGGGGAGGACUACAGCAAGGUCAAAGAAGUGACGGCGGACAAUAUUCUGUUUCUGCAAAGGGAAACGUCCCAUCAGUGUGUGGACGAUUACACCCAGGCUGAUCAUUGCACAAGCCAGCAACCACCUCACCCCCGCAAACCUGCCGUCCAGCAAUCGUACAGUCCCAUGCCACAGGAAGGCGUGAGGGUGAUGGUAAACGGUUAUGUGGAUUCAACAGUCUUGAUGCCAUCCUACUAGCGCAUAGUGGUCCAGUGCAUAGAGGCAGAGAUGGGAUCCGCCUCGACUACAGCAAAAACAAUAUCCUAAACACUAAGACUGUCAACAGCUCAUGCCAAGCCCUAGAAGAAGCGCUUUAUCUUGCUACAUUGGUUUAAGAAAGAGGAUUUGUGAGUGCAUAAUAUGCCAUUGAAAAUACAUACGGGUAAGGGGUUCUAAUGUCGGUCGCCAUGUUGCCCCUCCAUCUUGAAAGUACAUUAGCCAAAGAGGGACAUACCCGUUAAUUCAAGCUUCGCCUUUCGCGUUUACGUUUGAGUUAACACUCAUGGACGAGAUCGAACCGGAAGCCAUGUUAAUCUUGGACUACAUAGGAGCCACCGUAGGAAUUAAAACGAAAUCAGAAUUGAGAGGAACAGAAACUAAUAUUCACUGGAUGCUCAUAUAAAUUUUCCCCGCUAGAUGGGGGUAAAAAUCACACAGUGUAGCUUUAAUAUGUCUCUGGUACAAUUUUCACUUUUGGCUAGAUGUUACCCAAAAGCAAAAUAGCUAUUUAGGCUUUAGCUGUGUCUCAAACAAUGUAUUAUACACUAUGCACUUAUGCGCUAUUUACUCAACCGUGCUGUGUAUGAAUUUUGUAAGGUUAUUUUGUCAUUCAGCAUCGGAGUCUGCCUGAUAGCCCCUCCCCCUCCUUUACAUGAAAAUCUCAUGGGUAUUUAAAGUGUUCACGUUUAAUUAAUUUAAAUUUUUUGUUUAAUAGUAUUUACUUGCAUAUUAUGGUGUUCAUUCUGGAAACAGUGUAAUUUCCGCCGUACAAUUCAAAAUGUCUUCAUAUUUUAGGUGCACUCAUGCAAAUAGAUAUACAUGAAAAGGGAUUUAAACUGAUUGUAAACUGUCAAAUUUGCCUUUGAUAUUUACAACUCUCAGGUGGAGGUAAACUCGCUUAAACACUUCUGCCGAAUGUAUUUAUUAUAAAUGUUAUUGGCGCUGAUUUUGAACACAAAGGCACAACAAUAAAAAAAAAAAUGAAUUCCCAGUUUGUCCAAGUAAAUUAUUCGCUGUAAGAAUUUGUGUUUCUCUGAAUGUUAACCCUGUGAGAAUCUAUUUUUCCAAAUCUGUAGCCUAGGUAGCUAUUAAUUCAGCAUUGCAUAUUUUUUUAUGUUUGAUAUAAAAAAGAAAAUCUAAAAACAAUUUAUAAAACUAAUUCAUUCCAAAAUAACCAGAUAGUUAUUAUCUUGUUGAUGCACAAAUCACUAACCAUUAAAACCAGUUACAUGGAGACGAGUUAACAAAAUAGGCCCUUGCCAGUGCAAGAGUCAAACUCCAAGUUGCCUUAUUUUAUGCAGAAAUAUCUGAGAGAAGACUGGUGUGUAUUUGUUGGAAGGAGUUAAACACACUAAAUCUGUUUAUGUCUAAAGUGUACAUGUAAAUAUACAAUAAAUGAAAUUGUUAUAUAAUAUGUAGAAAUGCAUUUAUAUGUAACAGAUAUUACAGAUAAAUAGUUUUGUUGGGUUUGCCUAAGCCAUACAGUAUAAAUCAUCCUAUAAUCUAACUUUGUUGAUUUGUGAGUAGCAUAACAUUUUUUAUGUCUUUGUUGUUCAACAGUCAUACAUUCUCAGUUCCGUGCAUAAUAAAUCUGCAUUGACAGAGUAAGGCAUCAGUUCUUUAAUAGAUUGCUAUCUCAGGCAAUGGAAAAUCUACUAAACGUGUGUUUGAAACAGCACCGUGAAUUUAACGUGAAUUCUCAGGACAACAGUGCGAAAUAAUAUUUCUGUAAGUGUGUAAGCUAUCAAAGAAAAGGCAUGUGGAUAUAGCAUUAUUUUUUCAAUAUACCAAACCCAAUUCAAUCAACAUUUGCUGUAUUAAAAUAAUGUCAAUUCAAAACCAUUAUUUUGUUAUACACUAAGAAUAUGUCUUGUUAAAAUGAUGUUGAUUUUUUUCAUUAUGUCUCUUUUUUUAUGAAUUCAAACAACUAGAGGUGCUGAAAUGAAACUUUUGAUGUUAACCAUGUAAGUUGAAUAAUCUACAGUUUCUGUAAUACAUCCUUAUUGUGUUCUGCUUUUCCAUAACAAACAUUAUUUGUGAAAGCGCAUAGCAAAACCAUUAAAACAUGUUCAGACUGUU